GUUGUGACAUUCAAGGAUGUGGCUGUGGACUUCACCCAAGAGGAGUGGGGGCUCUUGGACCCCUCUCAGAAGGAGCUGUACAAGGAGGUCAUGGUGGAGAAUGCCCGGAACCUGCUCUCCCUAGGGCUUCCAGUUCCCAAAGAAGAGGUGAUCUCUUAUUUUGGGCAAAAGGAAGCACUCCAGAUGCUGGACCAAGAAGGCCUGAGGAGAUGCUCUCCAGGAAAAGAAGAGAUCAGACUUGAAAUAAAGGAAACUUCUGCAAAGCUAAGCACUUCUGUAGUACGAAUUCACAAGCAAAGAUUCACGAGUGAUAGUCCCUAUGACUUUACUUGGAGAGAAAUCUGUGCAACACAUGAGAGAAUCCAACUUCGAGAGAGACAUUAUGAAUGUAAUCAAUGUGGAAAAAGUUUUAUAAAAAAAGAAAAUCUUAUUGUACAUCAGAGAAUCCACACUGGAGAGAAGCUUUAUGAAUGUCACCAAUGUGGCAAGGAUUUUAGUCAAAGAAAAGAUUUUACUAGACAUCAGAAAAUUCACACCGGAGAGAAACCUUAUGAACGUAACCGUUGCAAAAAGGUAUUUAGUCAAAGGAAAGCUCUUACUAAACAUCAGAAAUUCCACAUUGGAGAGAAAUCUUAUGAAUGUAGUCAGUGUGAGAAGGGUUUUAUAUAUAAGGGAGUUUUUAUCUUACAUCAGAAAAUCCAUACUGGAGAGAAACCUUAUGAAUGUAAACAAUGUGGAAAGGCUUUUAGAAAAAAGGAACGACUUACAUAUCAUCAGAGAAUCCACACGGGAGAGAAACCUUAUGAAUGUAAACAAUGUGGAAAAGCUUUCAGGGAAAAGGGAACUCUUAGUACACAUCAGAGAAUCCACACUGGAGAGAAACCUUAUAAAUGUAACCAGUGUGGAUUGACUUUUAGACAUAAGCAAAGUCUUACUACACAUCAGAGAAUCCACACUGGAGAGAAGCCUUAUGAAUGUAACCAGUGUGGAAAGGCUUUUAAAAAUAGAGAAACUUUUAGUACACAUCAGAGAAUCCACACUGGAGAGAAGCCUUAUGAAUGUAACCAGUGUGGAAAGGCUUUUAAAAAUAGAGGAACUCUUAGUACACAUCAGAAAAUCCACACAGAAGAGAAACCUUAUGAAUGUAACCAGUGUGGAAAAACUUUAAGGUAUAAAAAGUCUCUUAUUGAGCAUCAAAGAAUUCACACUGGAGAGAAACCUUAUGAAUGUAAGAGAUGUGGAAAGGAAUUUAGUCAAAGGAAAGCUCUCACUAGACAUCAGAGAAUCCACACUGGAGAGAAACCUUAUGAAUGUAAACAAUGUGGAAAGACUUUUAGACAUAAGGAACGUCUUACUACACAUCAGAGAAUCCACACUGGAGAAAAGCCUUAUGAAUGUAACCAAUGUGGAAAGGCUUUUACACAAAGGGGUGGUCUUACUGUACAUCAAAGAACCCACACUGGAGAGAAACCUUAUGAAUGUAACCAAUGUGGGAAGACUUUUAGAUAUAAGAAAACUCUUAUUGAGCAUCAGAGAAUUCACACAGGAGAGAAACCUUAUGAAUGUAAUCAAUGUGGGAAGGCUUAUACAAAUAAAAGAAUUCUUACUAGACACCAGAGAAUCCACAAUGGAGAGAAACCUUAUGAAUGUAACCAAUGUGGAAAGGGUUUUAGAGAAAAAGGAUCUCUUGUUAUGCAUCAGAGAAUCCACACUGGAGUGAAACCUUAUGAAUGUAACCAAUGUGGAAAGGCUUUUAGACAAAAGGGAGCUCUUGUUGGACAUCAGAGAAUCCAUACUGGAGAGAAACCUUAUGACUGUAACCAAUGUGGAAAGGCUUUUAGAGAAAAGGGAGAUCUUAUUGUACAUCAGAGAAUCCACACUGGAGAGAAACCUUAUGAAUGUAACCAGUGUGGAAAGGCUUUUAGAGAAAAGGGAACCCUUAUUGGACAUCAGAGAAUCCACACUGGAGAGAAACCUUAUGAAUGUAACCAGUGUGGAAAGGCUUUUAGAGAAAAGGGAACCCUUAUUGGACAUCAGAGAAUCCACACUAGAGGGAAACCUUAUGAAUGUAACCAAUGAGGAAAGACUUUUACAAAAAGGAAUGUUCUUACUCCACAUCGGAAAAUCUUUACUGGAAAGAAACUUUUUGAAUGUAACCAGUGUGGAAAGACUUGUAGAUAGAAAGGAACUCAUUGGACAUCCGAGAAUUCACUAAGCAAUGUGGAAAGUGUUUUUAAAAAGGAAGUUUUUGAGAGGAUGCCCAUCAAUUGAAGAAUGGUUGAAUAAGUUGUGGUAUAUGAACAUUAUGGAAUAUUAUUGUUCUAUAAAGAAUGAUCAGGAUCAUUUCAUAGAGACUUGGAGAAACUUAUAUGAACUGACACUAAG